CCAAAGAUUCUGAAGAAGCGUUCCAUUCGUUGGACAUUUGAUAAACAGGGAUAUUUUUCAAUGCAACAGGCGAUACGACCUCUUUUAGCUUUGGGCCAAAUUCAGAAUCUUAACAUUACCAGCUGAUUAACCGAAAAGAAGCAAAAAGCAAUUUAUUCCUGAAGUUUUACGUAUAACGCUUUCACUACUUUGGUGUUUAAGUGAGUGAAAUCAUUCGCAAACUUGAAUUGGAGUAAAAUUAAUCUAUUCUAUAUCAAGAACGAGCCCAAUGUCAUUUUGAUGGAUGGAUAAAUGGCAGUUCAUUAAUGUCAUCGCGACUUCAGAGAAACCAACAAACGACAUAGUUCAUCGUAAAUACAAGAAUCAAUGUAUCCUUGUGUUAAAUUUCAGCGCGCUUCCUCAAACUUGGAAUGUUUAACACCAGGAGAUAUUUCACAAAGAGAAAAACGAGCGAAUAGUGAAAAUCUAUCUGGCGUCGAAGCUCGGGAAUUUUAUGAAAGUUUGAUGGUCGAAACAGAUAAUUGUACAAACAGCAACAAUAUAAAAGAUAGCUCUGAAAAAACUCUCACUGCGAAAACCUCUGAGAGGUUAAAAAAAGACAAAAAAUUGAAAGAAUGUAAAAAAUCUCAUUCUUUCAACCCUAAGAACACAAAUCAUUUUCUUAAAAUGGCACAAGAAGGGGAUUAUGAUGGACUUCGAAGGAUGAUCGAGGAUGAAAAGAUCAAUAUUGAUACAAAAGAUCAAUUUGGUUGGACAGCUUUGAUGUGUGCAACUGCGAGUGGUCACAAGUCAUGUGUGAGAUUACUACUAGAUUUGGGUGCGGACACUGAAGUGAAAAACAUCAAAGGUCAAACAGCUAUGGAUAUUGGAAACUUAGUAAACAUGCAAGAGGUCUUUUUGGAAACUUCUGAAUUUAGUAAAAGUUCAAGUUGGAAGUCUGCAAAAUUUUCCAAUGAUCAUUUGAACUAUUGUGAUAUUUGCAAGUCGACUUUUCUGGGAUCAAAAAUUAAACAUGAUACAUCGACUUCUCAUUUAUUUAAUUGUCAACACAAGACAAAUAGGACUGUCUAUUACAUUCCUGAAAAUAACAUUGGAUUUAAAUUGAUGAAACAAAAAGGAUGGAACCAAGAGAAAGGUCUUGGUCCCGAAGGUUCAGGUCGAAAAUUCCCAAUAAAGACAAUCCUUAAGCUAGAUCGUGAAGGACUAGGUUGUAAAUCUAAACACAAAGCAAAGGUGACGCACUUCAGUGCUGGAGAUACCAAGGCAGUGGUGACUAAACAACACGAGAGGACUUGUUCAAGGAAAGGGAAAAUUAGCUGGAAACAAAAAUAUAUUAAACAAAAAAAUCACGAGAAACAAUGGGAACAUAACUUGAGAUUGUAUAUGAACACCGAAUAAAAAUUUUCUGUUUCA